AUGGCCUCUGCGUCGCCAGCAUCUCACAAACCCCGGCGCAAGUCGAAGAAGCCAGGUGUAACCUUUGACCCUUCGACCAAGCCAGGCGCACUCGUCCGGACGCCUUCCUUUCCUCUCGCCGCUUUCCUCUGGCCCGCACGUAGCUCGUUUUCGGAAUGGGAGGUAUUGCCGCUGAUUCUCAUGGUCGUUGGGCUGUUUAGAUGGGCUUCGGGUCUUUGGGGGUAUUCUGGCUUCCAGAAACCUCCCAUGUUUGGCGAUUACGAAGCGCAACGACACUGGAUGGAGAUAACAACUCAAUUACCAAUCUCCCAGUGGUACUUUCACGAUCUCGAGUGGUGGGGACUGGACUAUCCCCCCUUGACCGCAUACCACAGCUGGGCGCUCGGCAAGAUAGGGGCUUUGAUUGAUCCUUCGUGGUUUGCCCUGUACACGUCGCGAGGCUCCGAGGAUCCGACUCUCAAGAUUUUCAUGAGGGCCACUGUCAUUAUUUCGGAAUACCUCAUCUACAUUCCGGCCGUCGUCGUUUUUGUGCGAAGAUACAGCAGACUGUUUGGUGUCGCGCAAUGGACAAGCUGGGUGGCCUUGGUCGCAAUUCUUUUGCAACCUGGCACGAUUCUGAUUGAUCACACCCACUUUCAGUACAAUACCGUCAUGCUUGGAUUCGUCCUUGCUAGCAUGUCGAGCAUGAUUGCCGGUCGUUACAUGUGGGCUUCCAUCUUUUUCGUGGCAGCUCUGGGAUUCAAGCAAAUGGCACUAUACUUUGCGCCGGCCGUCUUUUCCUUUCUCCUGGGAAGCUGCAUCUUUCCUCGAAUCAACCCGUCACGCUUCAUUGUCAUUGCCGGAGUUACUGCCGUCUCUUUUGCAGUAUUGAUUCUGCCCAUUGUCAUUGGAGCCUUGUACGAUGCUCAGCGUGGCAUUGACUCUCAGCCGGGUGUCGAUGGUCCUCGGCCUCUUCCCAUUUUUACACAAAUCGAGGGAUACCUUGACAAGAAGGCUGCUUACUACCCUGUUGUCGCGCAACUGGUUCAAAUGGUUCACCGAGUCUUUCCCUUUGCGCGUGGCCUAUUCGAGGACAAGGUUGCCAACUUUUGGUGCGCGGCAAAUGUCGUGAUCAAGCUGCGCAAGUACCCGACUGCCCUCCUUCAGCAAGCCUCUCUGGCGGCCACACUCCUCGCAUUGGCGCCUGCAAACUUGGUUCUGUUCUUUCGACCACGCAAGGAACUUUUGCCGUAUGCUUUUGCCGUCACAGCUUGGAGCUUUUUCUUGUUCAGCUACCAGGUCCAUGAAAAGAGCGUCCUGCUUCCCCUGCUGCCCAUGACUGUUCUCCUGGCUGGCAAGCAGGGUCUGGGCAAAGAGAUACGUGCUUGGGUCGGGUUUGCCAACAUUCUUGGUGCUUGGACAAUGUUUCCCCUUCUCCAACGUGUCGACCUCCGUAUCCCGUAUGCUGUUCUCACCGGUCUAUGGGCCUACCUCUUGGGUCUGCCACCUACCUCGCUAAGCGCCUACUUUGAAGCAGGUCAAUAUGCUUGGGUGCAAUGGGCCACUGCGCUGAUCCACUGGGCCUUUUAUCUGACCAUGGGUGCUUGGCACGUACUUGAACUAUAUGUUGCACCUCCCGUCGACAAGCCUGAUUUGUGGGUCGUGGCCAAUGUUGGUGUCGGUGUGACGGGAUUUGCCCUUUGUUAUAUAUGGUGCCUGUACAAGUUGAUUCAUGAGAGCCAGAUAUUGUCAGCCAAGGAUUCGGCUGCGUCAAAGAAGAAGAGACAAUAA